CUGACCCGUCCCCCCAUGGGGAGCCCCUGUCUGAUCACCCCCAUCCUGCACCCCCAGCUCCUCACCGCCAAGUACAGGACUCCGGUCCCGGCAGCAGCUGCCCCGUACGUAUCUCCCUUCGCCUUCCAGCCACAGGGCUCCCCCUACUCCAUGGAGGACAACAACCCCCACAAGUGCUUCAUCUCGGGCUUCACCGGCUUUGUGCCCCGCGCCCGCUUCCUGAUUGGGGCAGGCUACCCGCUGACCACCCACCGCGCCCUGGUGGAGUUUGGCCAGACCAGAGGGAGCAGGCCUGAGGCCGGGAAAGGCAGCCCGGUCCUUCCUCCACUGCUGAAGUCGUACCCCACGGACAUGGGGCUGCUGCCCCACUACGCAGGCUACGUCCCAGGCUACAAGUUCCAGUUUGGCCACACCUACGGCCAGCUUACCCACAACGCCCUGGGGCUGAGCACCCUGGAGAAGCAGAUGGGCGACUAGUGCCCGGGGCUGGACCGGUUCCUUCCCGGCGCUGUUUGGGGCCUGCCCCGCCGUGUGCACGAGCAAUAAAGAGAAGGAGCCACAAA